AUGACGUCCAUGAAGAUGAAAAAAUCCCUUGCUGUGUUGACAAACCUUCCCGUCAAAAACACCAUUAUUCGGNUCCAAGGCCACGUGAUAUCAUCACAUGACGUGACAUCACCAAUUGACUGCAGUUUCUUCUGCAUAUCAUAUCACAACUGCAAAUCUUACAAUUACAAAGCUAGAAGGGCUGGUGACAAUGACAUCUGUCAGUUGAAUAACGCUACAAGACAAACCAACUCAGAAUCACUUAAGCGUGAUGCUGGCUCUGUUCAUUAUUUCGACCAAUCAGAGGAAUUCACUUCGUGCCUCGACUACCUUCGUAACGGAGCAAAGGAGAAUGGUAUCUAUACCAUCACAGAYACCGGCACAGAGGCUUCCUACCCAGUCUUCUGUGAUCUCACCUCAGAGCCACGCUUUGCCUGGACCUUGAUACUAUCCUUUGCAUUCAAGAACCGAAACAUGAUGGAAUUYUGCGGCAAAUCGAUGGAAAAGAAUKYGCCAGUUGAMGAAAAUCAUCCAAAUUGGGAAGCUUACCGACUGUYGUUGGGUCGAAUGAGSCGCCUCUCUCAACACUCAACACAUUUGAGAAUCACGACUGGUUUUCCURUGCAUGGAGUAGACUUUKUAGAUUAUUUUAAAGCCAMUUUGUCAAAUGUUCCUGUUKUCAGMAWUGUUGGCAAKGAURAUUGUCGUAAGGUAAAGUACAUAAGCAUCAGGGGCCACAAGGGAACAGAUAUAWCAGUUGGCAUCACCCAAACGCAGAAGAAAUUUUUCAAUAUUGACAGCUCAAGAUCUCCCUGCGAGUUCGAUGCAAAAGCUGACUCCGUCUUUUCGGAAAAUAAUUUUGGAUGUUAUUGUACGUACAGCAAUCCCAAGUUCCGAGGAAGCAUGACAGAUGAAAGUACCACAGAAUAUUGGUUUGGUGCCGAACACAGAGAAGAGACGCCAUAGGAGAUUCCUAUAUCAAAUCUUUUGUAUUCUCAUUUCAGGAACUCAGGCCCAUUUCAGACGUCGAUCUUUUGACGCGUCUAAUCUAAUUGCUUACAUGCAGUUCUCGAGAAGUUUGCAGUCUACAUCGAUUGAUUUCUAUUUACUGAUUAUAGUAAGUUUGUCCAAAUCUACUAAUGACAAUAAUUUCAGAGUACAAUUAGAUUAAACUCGACAAAAGAUCGACGUCUAAAACGGACGUUAUGAUGCCUUUUCCUUGACCUUUUUUCUUCCCUUCAGGGAUAAAC